UCCCUUGAAUCGGCUCAUGCUCAAAACAGCAGAAAGCACACUGGGUGAUGGAUCUGUCUACCAGCAGCAGCAGUAGCGAUGACGAGUUUAUAUUUAUGCUGUUUAAAGAGGAGAGGAAAAGAAAGAGACGUUAUUGGGUGCACCCUAUACUCGAGGAGAGAGAAGUGCACGGGGAUUUCCGCAGACUGAUAAAGGAGUUAAAGUUGUAUCACGACCGCUUCCAUCGCUAUUUCAGGGUGUCUGUCAGUCAGUUUGAAAGUUUGCUGAAGCUGGUGGCUCCUUCACUCUGCAAAUCACGAACAAACUUCAGAAAACCCAUCAACCCCGAGCAGCGUUUGGCAGUGUGUUUACGCUUCCUCGGCACUGGGGAUUCAUACAGAACCAUUGCGUCCAGCCUAAGCCUCGGCAUCUCUACAGUGGCACGGGUUGUUGCGGAGACAUGUGAUGCCAUUUGGAGCUGCCUAAAAGACGAGUACAUGCCAGUGCCCACUGAAGAUGUGUGGCGGAGCAUCGCAAAGAGGUUUCAAGAACGAUGGAGCCUCCCUAAUUGUUUGGGAGUAAUAGACGGGAAACGCAUCGCUGUUCAGUCCCCUGGAAAUUCAGCCACGUUCCUUUACGAUUACAAAGGCACAUUUUCAGUGGUUUUGCUAACUCUGACUGACGCCGAUUACCGCUUUCUAGUGGUAGACGUGGGCAGCUGUGGAAGCAGUAGUGAUGUGGGCAUCUUCACAAAUUCAGCACUUGGCAAAGCACUUCAAGAUGGAGCCUUCAACUUCCCAGCACCAGCUGAACUUCCUGGUGCUCCUGAACUCGGAAAGGUAAAUCACGUGAUAGUGGCAAAUGAAACGUUCCCACUGAAACCGUACCUCCUGCGGCCAUACCCCGGGCGACAGCUCCUCCCGGAAAUGAAAGUUUUCAAUUGCAGAUUGUCCCGAGCGCGCCAGGUUUCAGAAAACUGCUUCAGCAACCUCAGCCAACGUUUCAGAUUCUUUCAGCGCCGUUUACAGGUGAGCCCCGCUGUUGCUGAUUCUGCAGUAAAAGCAGCCUGUAUCCUGUGCAAUUACGUGAGUCCAUCAGAACAGAAUAUACAAGAUCUACAAGAGGACGACGGCAGCGGUUGCGUGGUCAUCGAACCGCUUAGGCAAAUGGGGGGAUAUCGGGCAUCCCAUGAAGCACAGAGUGUUCGAAACACUUAUAAAAAGUACUUCAACUCCCCUGCUGGACAAGUGGAUUGGCAGUAUGAACAUGUGUCCAAUGGUCUGGGGGGUGAUUAGCUCAUUUAAAGGGUUAGUUCACCCUGAAAUGAACACUAGCCCUUGAUUAACUCUCCCUAAAAGCAUCCGUGAUGUGUUUGACUUUCUUGUUUCAGAUAAAUUUGGAUUAUUGUCUUUAAUCAGAACACUUUCAUGUAACACUUGUGUACUGUUCAAUUUGUUUACCCUUUUAUUAUGUUCGUGGCUGUUUUUGCCUCAUUGACUUCCAUUUAUAGUGAUAUUUUUUGAUUGUAAAGCCAUGACACCAAUUAAUCGGGCAUUCUUGAUUGUUAGUGUUUUUGACUGUUGGGAAGAGGUAAAACCUUAGAUUUUUACUGUCAAUCUUCAGUUGGCCCCAUUAACCCUUUAGGCCGUACUCACACUAGGUACAGUUGCCUCGAACCGGGCCACAGCACGCUUGUCCCCCCUCCCAUCUCCCCAGACGGCCCGCACUCACACCACAA